GGAAGAAGAGAGAGAGAGGGAGGGAAGGAGAGAGAGGGGGAGGGAAUGAAUCUUGUUUACUUGCUCUGAGCUCCUGGUACAGGAGGAAUCAGCGUUGGAGCCUGACAGGAGGAUAGGGGUGGAGGUUGGGAAUUGGCUGUAAACUUGCGAGCAACAUGGCUGUGAGAAGCUUUCAUCCCCAGCCACUGGACACCUUCCUCUCUCCCACUGAAGCCAUGUGAAGCUGUCUGUCUUGAGGUUUGAGGCAACCAGCUGGGAUGGGAAUGAAGAUCAGCAUCAGCCUGGACCCAGACUCGCUGUCGUAGGGACUGGACAGACUGGGGAGGUUUUUUUCCUCUCACACACGAUGACAUUUAUCCCCUUUUUUUCUCCACCAGCCCCAUCAACGCUUCCACCUCCUCCUUCUCCUACGUUUUCUCUCUCGCUCGCCUUCACACACCCCCCCCACCCCCACCUUUCUGAGAAAAGAAAAACAAACCAACGAAAAAUGGGAGCCUGCUGCUGGAACCUCUGAACCAUCAUGGUCUUAAAUAACAAGGACUUUUGCUUCACUUUGAGAAAAGAUUCUCUUUGAAAGGAUUCUGGUCGGUCGGUCUCUUUCUGCCUCGACUGGAUUCGGUCACAUUUCAUUUCCUUUCAUUGUAAAACACCUGGACAGUGCGUUGAUGCAAUCUUUGGAGGUAUUUGAAGUGGACAUUCUGCGGUGUCUCUUUUGUUGACUGUGUGUUUGUAUAUAGAUAUAUAUUAUAUAUAUAUUUUUGAGCCUUUGAUGCAACGUGCACAGCUACUGAAUCCUCUGGCGCAGAAUUCUUGACAUGAAUACUGUUUUUGGUGCCUGCCAAGUGGAAUUAAAUUGAAGCGGAGCGUUUUCUGCUGUGGCUUUUUUAAAUUUCCACCACGUUUCCAGACAAUAAGCUGCAAAAAAAAAACAAUGAGCUGUGUUCCCUGGAAAGGAGACAAGUUGAAAUUGGAGUCUGAUUUUCAGCCUCCCCUUCUGAUAUACCACGAGAAGCAGAGGAGAGAGCUGUGUGCACUUCACGCCCUCAACAACGUGUUCCAGGAUGGGAGAGCGUUCACCCGGGAGACCUUGCAGGAGAUUUUCCAAAGGCUGUCCCCGAACACUAUGGUCACCCCGCACAAGAAGAGCAUGCUGGGAACGGGCAACUACGAUGUCAACGUGAUCAUGGCCGCGCUGCAGACGAAGGGCUACGAAGCCGUUUGGUGGGACAAGCGAAGAGACGUUAACACUAUUGCUCUUUCGAAUGUGAUGGGUUUCAUUAUGAACAUCCCGUCCAGCCUGUGUUGGGGUCCGGUGAAACUCCCCCUCAAGCGGCAGCACUGGAUCUGCGUGCGGGAAGUGGGAGGUAUCUACUACAACUUGGACUCCAAGCUGAAAGUGCCGGAGCAGAUCGGGAGCAAGGACGAGCUCAGAAAGUUUCUGAAACACCAGUUAAGGGGGAAGAACUGUGAACUCCUAUUAGUGGUAACUGAGGAGGUUGAGGUGCAACAGAGCUGGAGAACAGGUGGCUGACAUUACUAAGCUCUGUCUAGCUCUGAACCUGACAGACAGACACACAGAGGGACAGGACACCCUCACAAUCUCCUGAUUCCAGAAGACUCUCUUUAUUAUAGUGCGCUAGUCUUUUUUUUUACUACGUCUGGAUCUCUCUUCAAUGGCCUGGAUGACUUAACAGAGGAUUCUACAAGAAGGGCUGGUUUCACAAUCUGGAAAAGGAAGGAAGAAAGAAAAAAAAAAUGAUCAGCGUGUGUAAAUAUUACUUGUUCGUGGCGAGAGGGACAUAAGCCGCAUGGAGUUGUUUGUCGAUUGCCGAUUGGGAAUGAAAGGUGUAGGA